CUCUGGGUGAACACUGUAACCAUAUUACGCAGUUGAUAUUGUAGUGUGUGGACUGAAGCCGGAGCGCACAGUAGCAGCAGCAGCAGCUACAGCCGCGGCAGAAGGCGGGGGCUAUGCUGCCCGCAGCAGCAGCAGCGACCACAGAGGACACAUAAGCGGGUUCAGAGCAGGACUGACGCUUUUGUUUGUCUCUUGCACGUCGGAGCUGUCACUUCACGUCUGAAAGCGAUCCUCGGUGCGCUUUCAUCGCCCUGAACUGUUCCCCCCCCCCCCUUUCUUUCUCUCCUUCUUUCUUUCUCCCCCUCCAAUGUUUUUGAGCGGAUGGGACUUGCACGGUUCCAGUGAAAUGGGAUUUUAAUGGUGCACGUAGCAGCAGCAGCAGCAGCAGCAGCAGCAGCAGCAGCAGCCUGUGCACAGCCGGGGGACCGUAGCUGUAGCAGCGCGCCGGGUGAUGAUCGCCGAAGAAUAAAGCGGUGCAGCCGAAGGUGCGCAACAUCUCGUUUCCAUGGACAACACGUCCAUAAUAACACAGGUUGCAAAUCCGAAAGAGGAGGAGAGCAUCUCAUCGAGUCAAGAUAAAGUCUCCCAGUCCAACAGCAGCCUAAAGAAGCACCGAAGUAGGAGCAUUUUUAGCCCUUUCUUUUGCUGCUUCCGCAACUACAAUGACUACCAUGUGGAGCCACCACCCGCCAACAACAAGACACUUUCUCUGCCCCCUCCUCCAGAGGAGAAUGGCAGUCCUCCUAAGUAUGACGAGGUCCAGGUCAUCCCAAUACUCAGUUCUCCAGCCAAGUUCCUCCUGCCUGAGGUCAGCAUAGCCGACUAUGGAAAGAACUGUGUGGUGAUCGACCUGGAUGAAACCCUUGUGCACAGCUCCUUUAAGCCCAUCAGUAAUGCAGACUUUAUCGUCCCGGUGGAGAUCGACGGCACUGUUCAUCAGGUGUAUGUUUUGAAGAGGCCUCACGUGGACGAAUUCCUCCAGAAGAUGGGGGAGCUGUUUGAAUGUGUCCUCUUCACCGCCAGUUUAGCCAAGUAUGCUGACCCCGUGGCAGACCUGCUGGACCAGUGGGGGGUGUUUCGUGCUCGGCUCUUCAGGGAAUCAUGUGUUUUCCACAGAGGAAAUUACGUCAAAGACCUCAGCCGGCUGGGCCGAGAGCUCCGGAAAGUCAUCAUUGUAGACAACUCGCCUGCCUCGUACAUCUUCCAUCCUGAAAAUGCAGUUCCGGUGCAGUCCUGGUUUGACGACAUGACAGACACAGAGCUGUUGGAUCUGAUCCCUCUGUUUGAGGGUCUCAGUAAAGAGGAGGACAUUUACAGCCCCUUACAGGCCUUGAGGAACAGGUAGCAGAAAAGGUAGCACCCCAUCAGGUAGACGUCUCACCUCUCUGCCACAGUCCCGCAGCCAGGCUCCCGUCCUCCAAUCAAAAGGGUGGCCAGUCUGAGCAUUUAAGGCGAGCUGGUUUUAAUCUGGACAAAAGGACUCUAUGGAUUCUUGCCAUGUGUUGAUUCCUGGACUCUUUCUACAGGACUCCUACUGACAGAAGAUUAUAUUACUGUAUGUAUAUAGUAAAUGUUUCUAUGAGUAAGAUAUACAUGAAAUAAUUUUUCUAUCAGAGAGAGGCAGUUUUACUAUUCUAUCAAGAUUCUGUCAGGUAAUAUUUUAGUUACUAAAAACAAUCAAAUUCACAGAUCAUAUUUUGUUUGUUUUUUCCAAGACUGUGUGAACUUUAUUUUUUUUUGUGUUGUUUUUUUUUAUUUUUUUGUUCCAACAACUGUGAUUUACCUUCUCUUACAGAAUGAAGUGCCUUCAUUACUGUGCUUAUUUUGUUGUUUCGGGUUAUGGGGUUGGGAUCUCCAGAGACAUUGAAAAAAAAAAAAAAAGCAAGAAAAAAAGUCUGGCGUUUAUAAAACUAGCCUGGAUUACUGUAGGAUGUUUGGUAUCAGUAGCAUUAAAUUGUCAAAUUCGCCAAAGACGUUUACAGUUCAAUGUGAUCCGUGGCUUAAUUACAACAUUUAAUCCUUGACAGUGGCAGUAAAUUUCUGACCCUGGAACAUACAAAAAGCCUGCCUAAUUUUUUGAAAGAUAAAAAAAAUCAAUAUUUGUGACCACUGUCAACUGAUAAAUGUUGUAUUUCUGAUGAAGCUUAGAAAUUUGAAAAAAAAAACAUCUAGCUUAGGUUUUACUGAACUAUGUUUAUUGAGGCUAAAAGUGUUGGAUGAAUUGUAAAGAAAUGCUGUUAAAACUGUACUGUACGACAUAAAUAAAGUUGCAAAUUUGCACACUGUCAGCUUGUGAUCAAAGCGUAAGAACUUUGGCAAAACUCAACAAAGACCUUCAUUUGGAUAGUUAUACAGUUUGUAACUCAGCUAUAUUAAUUUUCACGACUGAAAUAUGUUUUUAAGUAUGUGAGUGAAAAACACACCACAAGUCAGCCAAAAGGAUCCUGACUAGCAGAGAGUGAUGAUUUUAUGUACAGAACAUCAAACAAGGCAUCAGUGAACAGAGUGGGUGUGGUAGAGAUUACAAAACAAAAGAAAAACUCAGAGUUGACAGUGUAAUGUUUUUCAUACCUGAAAAACAUUACACUGUCAACAAAGUCAUUCAUUAUAAUGAUGCUACAAUUUUUUUUAUUUUUAGCUGGAUAGGAGAAAAAUGCUCAGUUCACCAAUUUUAUUUUUCUGAACCUUUCCUGUGUAGAAAAUCGGUAAGGGAGGUAAGAUUGCUCACACCAUCUUCUGUUUGCAAAAGUCGAUUGUGCCUUUAUGUUUCAAAUAGGUUUUUUUUUUUUUUUCAAAGAAUCUUUCUGUGUCCGUCUUUGUUACUUGUUUAUUGUGACGUGUUGGUGCUUUUUUACUUACAGGGUGUUUUCGGGUUCUAAAAUAUUACAUUUGUCCUUUAAUCUAACACAGAUGAGUUUGGUCUGCGGGAGAAAAACAGAUGAAAAUCUGGACUUUUAACGGAACAAGAUUUGGACAACACACAGACAAACAUCCAUAGUCAUUUAAAAAUGAGAUGUUAAAAUAAUUUGUCGUGUAUUCAGAGUAAACACGCCUGUUUACCUUGAGGAAGGAUUGUGUAUGUGUGAAUAUUUAUCAUUAUGAAUUAAUUAAAACUACUAAAUCUCGA